AGUACCUUCCUUUUCCACUCUUCACUCUCCACUGAUCAAAAAACACUCUCCCCCACAAUAAUGGCGUCGUCUUAUCUCGGCGCCUGUACUCCACGCGCCUCCCAGUUCUCCUUACACGGGCACAGACACCGAUGCCCGAUCCUUCUCGAGCAGGCGCGAACCGCGCCGUUCGCCGGAAACAGAGGAGUAAGCUUGAAGGUCAGGGCGGCGUCUUCCGAUGGCGGCGGAGAGUCGUACCUCGGAAUGUGGAAGAAGGCGAUGGAGAACGAGAAGAAGGCCGUCAAGUUCCAGAAAAUCGUCGAGAAUUCAGCUCCGGGGGACAACGACGUCGGCGGCGCCGGCGAGAGCAUUGCGGAGAAUCUGGAGCACAAGAGCCAGGAGUUCGAGAAGAUUCUGGAGGUUCCGAAGGAGGAGAGGGAUCGGAUUCAGCGAAUGCAGGUCGUCGAUAGGGCCGCGGCGGCGAUCGCGGCGGCUCGCGCGCUUUUGAAAGAGAGCGGCUCGAAGAAGGAGUCCGGUUCAGGUGAGCCGGGUUCGGGUGGAGUGAGGACUGAACCGGAUUUGGGUGGAGUGAGGACUGAACCGGAUUUGAGUGGAGCAAUUGAGGCUCCUGAUGAAGGAAUGCAGGAUGGGAGUAUAUCUGUGCCUCAGUCAGAAGAAAGUUCAGGAACUUGGACUCCAGGUCCAGACUUUUGGUCCUGGACCCCGCCGAGUAGUGAUAGUUCAGAUGAUAUAAUCGACUUGCAGGCAGCGAAAAAGCCUUCAGCAAAUCCAAACUUGAGUUUUCCAGUGAAGGAGAAAGAGCGAUCCUUGGAUGUUCUCUCAAUUCCCCUUCAGAGUCAUCUGUCUGAAAUUCCUCUUCCCCCUUUGCAAUCACUGAAGGAGGUCAAGAAAGUGGAUGUCGCUGAGUCCACUUCCACAAAAGAGGAACAUGAACUUGGACAUGAGUUUUCAGUACAUGCAGCAGAAGCUGCUCGUGCUCUUGAUAAGGCGGAUCAGGAGUCAUUAUCUGGUGUGUAUACGGAUGGAGCUAGGUGGUGGAAGGAAUCUGGAGUUGAGCAAAGGCCGGAUGGCGUGACGUGCAGGUGGACAAUGAUCAGAGGUGUCAGUGCCGACCAAGUUACUGAGUGGCAAGAUAAGUACUGGGAGGCUGCAGAUGAGUUAGGCCACAAGGAGCUUGGUUCAGAAAAAUCAGGACGUGAUGCAUACGGAAAUGUUUGGCGUGAACAUUGGAAAGAAGCUAUGUGGCAGGAUUGUGGGCUUGUGCAUAUGGAGAAAUCUGCAGACAAGUGGGGAAAGAAUGGUAGAGGUGAUGAAUGGCAAGAGAAAUGGUGGGAACAUUAUGAUGCUUCAGGCCAAGCAGAGAAAUGGGCUCAUAAGUGGUGUACAAUUGAUCCAAACACACCAGUUGAUGUUGGUCAUGCUCACAUUUGGCAUGAAAGGUGGGGUGAAACGUAUGAUGGACAUGGUGGGAGUAAUAAAUACACUGACAAAUGGGCUGAACGCUGCGAGGGAGAUGGUUGGUCAAAAUGGGGUGACAAAUGGGAUGAACAUUUUGAUCCAAAUGGCCAUGGUGUGAAGCAGGGUGAAACAUGGUGGGAAGGCAAGUAUGGAGAGCGGUGGAACAAAACAUGGGGCGAGGGCCACAAUGGUUCAGGGUGGAUUCACAAGUAUGGGAAGAGCAGCAGCGGUGAUCACUGGGAUACACAUGAGCAGGAAGACACCUGGUAUGAGAGAUUCCCUCACUUCGGUUUCUAUCACUGCUUUGAAAACUCAGUUCAGCUCAGGGAAGUUCGAAAGCCAUCAGAGAUUGCAUCGCAGAUGUCUUCAGAGACUUCAUCCGAGAUGCCUUCUGAGACUUCGUCGGAGAUGCCUUCAUCAGAGAUGCUUUCAGAGACUUCAUCAGAGAUGCCUCCAGAGACUUCAUCUGAGAUACCUUCAGAGACUUCAUCGGAGAUACCUUCAGAAAUUCCAUCGGACAUGUCAUCAGACGGUCCAUUGGAGUUGCCCUCAGAGCUUCUAUUGAAGAGACAAUCAGAGGUGGCCUGAGAGAUGUCAUAAAUCAUGAUCUGCGCAAACUGCAAAGGGAAUCUAUAAAUACAUAGUCAUAGUUUGAUCCCCGUAUCUGAAUAAUGAGAGUGCAGUAUAUAGUAUAAGCAGUAUUUUUUUCUAGGCUUUAGUAUUUGCAGGUUUUUGCUUUGUCCAUGUGUGCCUUUAAUCUCUGAACAAAAUUUCUCCCCUCUUCAUUAUCGACCAUUCAAUAAAAGAGCGCAUUGAGUUUUUCCAAA